GUCAAGCCGUGUUUCGAUGCAACGUGGAGUUGUUUUGUGUUUGUGACAGCCCUCUCUGGUUUAAAGACUUACGUUUUUCCUCUUUAAACAUUAUCGACACCUCAAACACUGAACGCAGUCCCUAAAGGAAGAAAUGGGGAAACCGAAGAAAAAGAGUGAUCUCAGCCGGGCUGAGCUGAUGAUGAUGACCAUAGCUGACGUCAUCAAACAGCUGGUUGAAGCACAUGAAGAGGGCAAAGACAUCAACCUCAACAAAGUGAAGACUAAGACUUCAGCUAAAUACGGACUUGAAGCCCAGCCACGAUUGGUGGACAUUAUUGCUGCUGUUCCUCCACAGUAUCGCCGUGCUCUGGUGCCCAAGCUGAAGGCCAAACCCAUCCGCACUGCCAGUGGGAUUGCAGUUGUGGCUGUGAUGUGCAAACCCCAUCGAUGUCCUCACAUCAGCUUCACCGGCAACAUCUGCGUCUAUUGUCCUGGUGGACCAGACUCAGACUUUGAGUACUCCACACAGUCUUACACCGGCUAUGAGCCGACAUCCAUGAGAGCGAUCCGAGCACGCUAUGACCCGUACCUUCAGACCAGACAUCGAGCGGAGCAGCUGAAGCAGCUGGGUCAUAGCGUGGACAAGGUGGAGUUCAUCGUGAUGGGCGGGACCUUCAUGGCGCUGCCUGAGGAGUACAGAGACUACUUCAUCAGGAACCUACAUGACGCGCUGUCCGGACACACCUCCAACAAUGUGGCAGAGGCCGUCAGGUACUCUGAGCGCAGCAACACCAAGUGUGUAGGAAUAACUAUUGAGACACGGCCGGACUACUGCCUGAAGCGACACCUCAGCGACAUGCUGGGCUACGGCUGCACGCGGCUGGAGAUUGGAGUCCAGAGUGUGUAUGAAGAUGUGGCUCGCGACACUAAUCGAGGCCACACGGUGCGAGCUGUUUGCGAGUCUUUCCACCUUUCAAAGGACGCUGGCUUCAAAGUAGUCGCCCACAUGAUGCCAGAUCUGCCUAACGUGGGCAUGGAGAGGGAUGUGGAGCAGUUUAUUGUGAGCAUUCCUUUUAUUCCUGCUUGAUUUGUUGAUACACUCAUAAG